AUGCCCAAGCCUUUUGUGAACCACCGUGAGUGGUAUUCCUCCACCAUCCAAUCCUUAAACACUUUGAGUGAUCCCAAGCCUUCAAACAAACCCGAGAAUGAAUUAAGCUUACUCUACAUAUAUGACAACGUGCUCCAUGGAUACAGCGCGUUGUUGUCGAAUCUCGAACUCGAAGCCCUAAAAAAAUCCACUGGAUUCAUAUCCGCCUACCCCGAUAGAACUGUCAGAGUCGACACGACCCACACUCCCGAGUUCUUAUCUCUUAAUAACUCGACCGGGUUGUGGCCGGCUUCUAACUACGGCGAGGAUGUGAUCGUCGGAGUUAUCGAUACUGGCGUGUGGCCCGAAAGCAAGAGUUUCAGAGAUGAUGGGAUGACCGAGAUUCCUAAAAGGUGGAAAGGUGUAUGCCAGGCGGGACAAGACUUCGACCAUACGAUGUGCAACAAAAAGCUCAUUGGGGUAAGAUAUUUCAACAAGGGUGUUCUAGCUAAACGAUAUCCGAACAAAACCUUGAGCAUGAACUCGGGACGGGACACCAUAGGGCACGGAACGCACACCACAUCGACCGCUGCCGGGAAUGAAGUCACCGGAGCUUCAUUUUUCGGGUAUGCACCGGGAAAGGCAAAAGGAAUUGCUACUCGUGCUCGGGUGGCAAUGUACAAGGUCAUCUGGGACGAGGGGGCCACUGUCUCGGACAUGAUUGCCGGGAUGGAUGCGGCUGUGGCCGAUGGGGUCGACGUCAUAUCCAUCUCCUUGGGCGUCCCAAAUGUCUCUUUGUAUGAAGACCCGGUUGCCAUAGCUUCUUUUGGAGCCAUGGAGAAGGGCGUGUUUGUCUCUUCCUCCGCAGGGAACAAUGGCCCUUCGCCCGGGAGUCUUCACAAUGGGAUCCCGUGGGUGUUGACCGUUGGUGCCGGGUCAGUCGACCGUUCUUUUGGCGGGACCUUGACCUUGGGGAAUGGGAAGACAAUCCGUGGGUGGACAAUGUUCCCCGCACAGGGAUCAAUGACCAAAUAUCCCCUCAUCUAUGAUAAAACACUCUCUCGUUGCAACUCGAGCGCCAAUUUAUCCUCGGCGGCCGCGGGAGGGAUAGUCAUUUGCGAGAAAGGGUACGUGUUUGAUUAUCAAGUUUCCAAUGUCUCAAGUUCAAAUGCUUCAGGUGCCAUUAUCAUCUCCGAUGAUCCCGCUACAUUUGAGUUCGCAUAUUAUUAUGCUAGCCCCAUCGUUGUGAUAAGCUCCAGGCAAGCGCAGGCCCUAAUUAAUUAUGCCACAAAUGGUGUGAAUCCGGUCGCCAGCAUCAUGUUCCAACAGACGUUUCUGGGGACAAAACCUGCCCCGGUCGCGGCCACAUAUACCUCUAGAGGUCCCUCCCAAAGCUAUCCGGGCGUCUUAAAGCCCGACCUCAUGGCACCAGGGUCGUUGGUGUUAGCAUCUUGGGUGACAAAUAAGAGUUUGGACUUCAUCACCCCCAAUCUUAGUCGCUUAAGUGAUUUUACUAUUAUCUCUGGGACAUCCAUGGCAUGCCCUCACGCUUCAGGUGUUGCGGCACUUCUAAAAGGCGCACAUCCUGAUUGGAGCUCUGCGGCUAUACGCUCGGCCAUGAUGACGACAGCUAACCCACAGGACAACACCGGGAAUAGAAUACGGGAUGAAUUCGUCCCUAACGGGCUUGCCAGCCCACUUGCCAUGGGGGCAGGGCAAGUCGACCCAAACCGGGCGCUGAACCCGGGGCUGGUUUAUGACUUGUCCCGUCAGGACUACGUGAAUCUCGUAUGCUCGAUGAAACUCAACUCGACGCAGAUCAAGACAAUUGUCAGAUCGAAUUACAAUUGCUCGACCCCAUCGUCCGACCUCAACUACCCAUCCUUCAUCGCGCUUUUUAGCACCAAGAAACAAGGCAUGAUGUUGACAAAGAAAUUCCAUAGGACGGUCACGUAUGUCGGCGGCAAUGGUAAGAACGCAACCAAGUACUAUGUAAAGAUUAAAGCCCCUAAGAAUACCAAUAUUACAGUUUGUCCGAAAAUCUUGGUUUUUCAAAAGAUGAACGAAAAGAGAAGCUAUAGUUUGACCAUUCAUUAUGAGGUACGUAACACUACGGCGCAUGGUUCCAUCACAUGGAUAGAUGAGUUCGGCGACCACAGUGUGCGAAGUCCAAUCGUCGUCACUCCACAAGUUCAUAAUUAA